UAAGAAGGUGAGCUUGUUAAAGCCCUCAAAAAGCCAAUUCAUUUGCCUGAAAAAUAGUAACAACCAGUCAGGAUAUGUCUGUGUCUCCUCCCUUCACAGGUGUGUCACUGUAAGAACCAGUGAACAACAAGCUGUGGGAGCUGAGUCACUGCAGGGAGUGAAUGAGAGGGGGAGGAGCAAAGAUCUGUUUCUGUUCAGAGGAAGUGAAUCUGUUCUAGAGUCUCUGGCAGCAGCUGAAAUGGCGCAGCAAGACGAUCAACUGGACAGAGAAAGAUUCUCCUGUUCGAUCUGUCUGGAUCUACUGAAGGAUCCGGUUACUACUGGCUGUGGACACAGCUACUGUAAGAGCUGUAUUAACACCCACUGGGACAAAGGGGAGGAGAGAGGAAGCUACAGCUGCCCUCAGUGUAGACAGGCCUUCACACCGAGGCCUGUCCUGGUGAAAAACACCAUGUUAGCUGAUUUAGUGGAGGAGCUGAAGAAGACUAGACUCAAAGAUGCUCCUGCUGAUCACUGCUAUGCUGGACCUGAAGAUGUGGACUGUGAUGUCUGCACUGGGAGAAAACUGAAAGCUCUCAAGUCCUGUUUGAAUUGUUUGGCCUCUUAUUGUGAAAAACACCUCCAGCCUCAUCUUCAGUCAGCUCCAUUAAAGAAGCACAAGCUGGUGGAGCCCUCGCAGAAGCUCCAGGAGAACAUCUGCUCUCGUCACGACGAGGUGAUGAAGAUGUUCUGCCGCACUGAUCAGCAGUGUAUCUGUUAUCUCUGCUCUAUGGAUGAACAUAAAGACCACGACACAGUGUCAGCUGCAGCAGAAAGGACUGAGAGGCAGAGAGAGCUCGGUCUGAGGAGACAAACAAUCCAGCAGAGAGUCCAGGACACAGAGAAAGACGUGAAGCUGCUUCAACAGGAGAAGAAGGACGUCAAUGGCUCUGCUGAUAAAGCAGUGGAGGACAGUGAGGAGAUCUUCAGUGAGCUGAUCCAUCUGCUGGAGAAAAGAAGCUCUGAUGUGAAGCAGCAGAUCAAUUCCCAACAGGAAACUGAAGUGAGUCGAGUCAGAGAGCUUCAGGAGAGACUGGAGCAGGAGAUCACUGAGCUGAAGAGGAAAGACCAUGAACUGAAGCAGCUCUCAGACACAGAGGACCACAACCAGUUUCUACACAACUACCCCUCACUGUCACCACUCAGUGAAUCUACACACUCAUCCAGCAUCAGGAUCCGUCCUCUGAGGUACUUUGAGGACGUGACAGCAGCUGUGUCCCAGGUCAGAGGUCAGCUACAGGACAUUUUGAGUGGGACAGAGACAGAGAUUUUACAGAUUGUGUCUCAAGUGGAUGUUUUACUGCCACAACCAGAGCCAGAGACCAGAGCGGACUUCUUCAAAUAUUCACAGGAAAUCACACUGGAUCCAAACACAGCACACAGACGUCUGUUAUUAUCUGAGGGAAACAGAAAAGCAACAUGUAUGUGUACAGAACAGUCUUAUUCUAAUCACCCAGACAGAUUCACAAAUUGGCCUCAGGUCCUGAAUAGAGAGAGUCUGACUGGACGUUGUUACUGGGAGUCGGAGGUGGGGCUGGGGGUGGGAGGAGAAGUUGGUGUAGCAGUCACAUACAAGAAUAUCAGCAGAGCAGGAGGCUCAGAAUGUUUAUUUGGAUACAAUGAUAAAUCUUGGUCGUUAUAUUGUGAUGGAAACAGUUAUAUCUUUUGUUACAACAGCAUCAAGACUCCAGUGUCAGGUCCUGUGACCUCCAGAGUAGGAGUGUACCUGGAUCACAGUGCAGGUGUUCUGUCCUUCUACAGCGUCUCUGACACCAUGACUCUCCUCCACAGAGUCCAGACCACAUUCACUCAGCCUCUCCAUGCUGGAGCUAGGGUUUCUUGGUGUGGCUGAGUUGUGUUAACUCAAAUAGACUUGAGUCAUUAAAAGCAGUGAUUUAGAUUCUGUGUGUAAAUCUUUAACUUCUUUUGUCUCCAUGUUUGUUGAUCAAAGUUCGUCGUGGUGACGUUUCUGCUCUGCACAGAGAUCAGCUGUCAAGCAAACACAGCUGAUUAUUUGUUCUUUUCUUUUCCACAUGUGAGAUGGAGGUGAAACAUACUGAUUGUUUUUCCAUGAACUCACUGAACAAGAAUCACUGAACAGACUUUACUGAUGAAAUGAUCAAUGACCUCAGAGCGUCAACAUGUCCAACAGAUCGACUACACGCUGGUUGGAUUCACAGAGCAUCAGUGUUAUGGGAUGUUUGUACUCAUUGUAUUUACAUAUUUAGUGAAUGGGUAUAUUGAUCUGCUGCUGUGUAGGUUUCUGUUCUUUUAGAUUUUCUGGAUCUGAACUAGCAGUUCCAUUUGAGAGUGUCCUGAUCGAGUCCCUCUGAGGGUUUGUUCUGCAGCUCUCAUCACAUGUGUUUCUUAUACAUGUGAUUAUACAUUUAAAUCUCUUAUAUAUGUAUAGAGCAAUACAAAUCGAAUGUGUGA